AUGGUCUUGAUAAAACUCUCAUUGCUUGCCGAAUUUUUUGUUUUCGCGAACGGUAGGCUCAUCGUCGAUACUGGAUACGCAAAGUACCGUGGCAACCUUUCCUACCCAGACACUGUGGCAUAUCUUGGUAUCCCCUAUGCAGAACCUCCUCUUGGUGACCGUCGGUUUCGUGCACUCAUCCCUUUGAACACUGCGCGAAUCGCACUAGAAGCGAACGGUGCUAUCUUCGACGCGACAUCCUACCCCAACUUUUGUGUCCAGGGGUCUACUCUGGUCGGUGACGCAGGAGGCGCAGGCAGUGAAGACUGUUUGAAUGUUAACAUUUAUUCACCCGUCAAUGGAAACGAUUGUAGGCAUCUCGACAACAUGCGAAACAUUGCUAACGACGCCAUUCUAGUACCCGUACUUGUUUACAUCCAUGGAGGAUCCUACGUUUACGGCAACCCGGCCACCUUUCCAUUCGACCAUUGGGUCCAUCAAAGCCUUAACGUCGUCAUCGUCACCAUCUAUUACCGUCUUUCGUCCUUUGGGUUCCUCGCUAUCCCGGAAUUCUCAGACACCGCCAACGGAGACUUCAAUGUAGGCUUUCUUGACCAGACACAGGCCCUCAUAUGGGUCAAGCGACAUAUACGAGCGUUCGGCGGGGAUCCAUCGAGGGUGACUAUCAACGGGCAGAGCGCAGGAGGAGCCUCAGUGGAACUCCAUCUCGUUGCGCAUGAAGAUGAAUCGCUGUUCUCCGGUGCUAUCGUGCAGAGCGCUUAUAGGACCCCUCUUCCAUUCCCCGAGCAGCAGCGGCCCUUGUUCGACUUUUAUGCCGAGCGAGCAGGAUGCGGAACUGGCAGCCUUUCUUCCAAGUUACAAUGCCUGAGACAAGCCAACGUGAGCGCUCUUGCUCAUGCACAAGAUGCAGCAGCAAGUGGUGAAUUUGCUGGUCCAUACAACGCCUUUCAUCCUGUCAUGGACGGCAAAACCUUCACCGAAUUCCCAACAGCGUCUCUGGGUUUGGGUCAUUUCGCCCGCGUCCCUCUUAUCGUCGGCGCCGAUUCUAACGAAUCAUAUGUUCUGGGGUACGAUAUACCGUCAUCCUUGAAAAUCCUAUUCCCGGGACUAGAUGAACAAGACACCAGUGAUUACCUCUUCGCGUACCCAUCUUCGGACUUUGACUCUGAAGAACAAAGACUGGCCGCAGCGACAGGCGAAUCUUUGAAUCGAUGUUGUCGGCAAAUACUGGCCAGUGCAUAUUCCAGCAAAGGAAUCGAUACGUGGGCCUACCGAUACAACCAACCCAAUCCGACGAGUGAUAAUCCUACCAUCGUCGCUCACGGGGCGGAGAAUUGGAUGAUGUUCCUAGGCAGCAAUACAGGGUACAAUGGUUCCGCGACGUUCAGCUCAAUGACGCCAGAGGAAACGGCUUUUUCACAGGAGCUGAUCGCGUAUUGGCUUUCCUUCGUACGGGCGAAAGAUCCAAAUACUUUCAAGCUGCAGCGAUCACCCGUCUGGGAUCGCUUCUCCUUGGGCGAAAAAAGGCAGAUUGUUUUGCAACAAGACACUACGACGAUGAGUGGGAGUUUUGUUGAACUCGCUGAUGAGAAAGAGGUGGCUAGGUGCCAGUUCGUUGCUAGUAAGGUGAAGAAGGAACAGAACUAG